GGCGGGACAGACCCAUGAGAGCAGAGAGCGGAAGUCGCGCGCGCAGCCAUGGCCCUGGCUCACGUGUCUUUCUGGGCCAUCUGCGUGCUGCGCGUGGCGUUGGCCACUAUUUUCUUCCAAGAGGAGUUUCUAGACGGAGAGCGCUGGAGGAACCGCUGGGUGCAGUCUACCAAUGACUCCCAGUUCGGACAGUUCAGAGUCUCAUCAGGAAAGUUCUAUGGGCAUAAAGAGAAAGACAAAGGCCUGCAGACAACCCAGAACAGCCGAUUCUAUGCCAUCUCAGCUCGCUUCAAGCCAUUCAGCAACAAAGGGAAGAGCCUGGUAAUCCAGUACACGGUGAAGCAUGAGCAGAAGAUGGACUGCGGCGGUGGCUACAUCAAGGUGUUCCCCUCUGACCUAGAUCAGAAGAAUAUGAAUGGAAAGUCUCAGUACUACAUCAUGUUUGGACCUGAUAUUUGUGGAUUUGAUGUUAAGAAAGUUCAUGUCAUCUUAUAUUUCAAGAAUCAGUAUCAUGCAAACAAGAAGCCAAUCAGAUGCAAGGUUGAUGGCUUCACGCAUCUCUACACCCUGAUCUUAAGGCCAGAUCUUUCUUAUGAGGUAAAAGUUGAUGGCCAAUCCAUUGAAUCUGGCAGCAUUGAAUAUGACUGGAACCUGACAUCACUGAAGAAUAUGGAAAAGACACCCUCAGAGUCCAGGGACUGGGAUCAAGUGGAAGGCAGCAAAGCCCAGGACUGGGAAAAGCACUUUCUGGAUGCAGGCGCCAGCAAGCCGAGCGACUGGAACAGUGAGCUGGAUGGGGACUGGCUGCAGAAGCCACCAUAUGAGGAUGGCCUGAGAGCCGAGGGCAUCGACGGAGAUGUGUGGCUCCACCAGAAGAUGAGGCCUGCCAGCUACCUGACGCAGUAUGACCUCUCUGAAUUUGAGAACAUCGGUGCCAUUGGUCUGGAGCUGUGGCAGGUGAGAUCUGGAACCAUCUUUGAUAAUUUCCUGAUCACGGACGAUGAAGAAUAUGCAGAGAAGUUUGGCAAGGCCACUUGGGGGGAAACUAAGGGUCCAGAAAAAGAGAUGGAUGCCAUACAGGCCAAGGAAGAAGUGAAAAAAGCCCGUGAGGAAGAUGAGGAGCUGCUGAUAGGGAAGUUUCACAGGCACAACCAUUUCAGCAGAUUCCACAGGCAGGGUGAGCUGUAGUCAUCCCCACUCUGCGUGGCAAUGACUGGCCCAGCCUCACCCUACUUUAAUAUACAUAUGAAUGAUCACAUGACUGCAUGGUCAUUUGUCCAUGAGAGACCAAAGGAUUAAAAAUCUGUGGCUAUUAUUUUAAAGUUUAAAGCACAAGCCUGAACUAAGGCCAGCCAAGUGGAGACAUGUCCAGCCACCUUCAGGGAAGAACUAGCCUCAAUGCCCUGAGGGGAAAAAUUAGCUUUUCUGCAUUCUUUCCUGCCCACUAGAGAUACAGUUACUAGGAAACUAGCCCAUCCCCCUAGGGAGAGACACCAGACCAUUAAUGUUUUGGGAGCCUUCCUAUAGCCAAUCAGUUCAAAAUGCAACAUCCCCUUUUGUGUCUUGACCAAUAGAUGCUUGCCAGGCAGGAAUCCCCCUGCUUUGGGCAUGCUGGGAGGGACUGGACUCUUUAAAUCACCCAACUAACCUGAGCAUGAGGCUCCCGGCUCUCACCACUUCGGUGGUGAGUGUGUAUGAGCCCAAGCUGCAGCUUGUAAUAAAAAGAUCCUCAUGUGUUUUACAACA